CUACGGAAUCUCCAAAGCUUUUCUGAUUAGGUGGCUGCUCGUUUACGUGACGGUCCUCAUAUCGAGGUUGUGGGAUGGGAAAGAAGAAAAUAGGGUACUGGUUAAAGGAGGGAAAAGCUAAACGAAUAGAAAUCUCCAAAAUAGAAGAAAUCCUAGCUCGGAAAUAUGAUUGCGAUUUGGUUCCAAUGGACGGCGAGCAGGACAACCUGCCCCGAGUUGACGCCAUGUUUCACAAAAUGAGCGACCUGAUAUUUGACGCUAGGCAAGGGAAGAGGGCGGCAAUCGACCAGCUCGAGAAGUUCAUGAAAUAUUUCAAAGCUCACGAAGGACUACCAGUUUUUGACCCGCUCCCGAACAUAGAAACCUUGCUAGACAGAGUGCUGAUGAUGGAGGCAGUUCAGAAGUGCAGCAACACUUGUCCAAUAGAUACAAAGUUCUAUAGUUGUGGAUAUCACCUUGUAGAAUCAGAAGAUCCUAUCAGUAUUAAUAAAGCUCUGGUAGCGAAGAACUUUCAGUUUCCCGUCAUUUGCAAGUCCAGGAUAGCUCAAGGAGCUCUAGGGCAUGAUAUGAGUAUUAUUUUUAGUGAAGGAGGGCUAAAACAAGUGAAACCGAGCAACGUUAUAGUCCCUUUUAUUGACCAUGAUGCGGUUUUAUACAAAGUUUUUGUGUGCGGAGACAAGUUCCACGUGGUGACGAGACCCUCCAUCACUCUUAACAAGCUACUCAGCAACAACUCCCAGAUAAACGUUUACAAUUUCCACAGUGAUAACGUUUCUAAGGUUACUUCUGACUCAUCUCGGGUUCAAGAGUACUCACAGGAUUUAUGUAAAACAUACGAUUUGUCACCGCUGAGCGAGAAACACAUGGCGUUGAUACCCGAGUGGGUGAAAAUAAUGCGAUCUGUUCUUAAUCUAUCAUUAUUUGGAUUUGACGUAAUACUGGAAAGUGCCUCAAAAAAACCUGUAAUCAUCGACAUUAAUUACUUCCCUGGAUAUGAUGGCUUCGAAAACUUUCACGAGAUCUUAUCAGACAUGCUUUAUCAAGCAGCAAUAUCUUAGUGUAUCAACUAAAACAGCAGAAACUAUCAAUAUGAUAUCUAUAUAAAUAUAAUAGAAUUGUUUGAAUUAUAUUUAAAUGUCGGAGCUUUUUUACACCAUUUUUGGUACUGGGUCUAAUAAUGAUUUUAAAGAUAAAUUAUGUAUAACAAUUUUGGGUUGAUUAUUUUUCAAAAGUUGCAGAUAAAUUUUUGAAUCAGUUGAUUUCAUUUGAUAUGAGUUGUGUUAAUCAGUAAAAGAGCAAAUCGCUGCAUAACUUUUUUACCUUUACGUUAAGCUUUUGAAUGGCGAUGAUUUGUAUUGUGAAAUGUGAAUUGUAAAAAUGAGGUUGAUUUUAAUUGCGGGUACCGUUAAUUGUUAAAAAAUACAGUUUUAAGAGGUUGUUUGCAAAGCCAAAAUCUUGACAGACCUAAUAUAUUGUUUUAACAGUAUCAUGAAUUCCUGUGUCGGAUAAAGAGUUUUACGUACACUGGGUAAAACUUAACGUUAAGUCUGCUAAAUAUAAAUCAACUUUUCCGAUGCUCAGUUGCAGUGAAUUUUCGCUUUUAAAAAUUUAGGCCUCAGAAUUUAAAUUUAAUGUGUUUUGAAAGUUUAGUUGUGGUAUUAGUGGUUUACGUAAUGUUUGUUUCAAGUUAUUAGUUAUGCAAACUUUGAACUUUGCAGCUUUAACCAUUAACGUUCUAAAUACAUUUCAAGUUCAGUGUGAUAAUGUUAUUGAAUGAAAAUGAUAUUGAAUCAUUUUUCUUUCGGUUAAAUACUGAUAUAUUAUCAUUAAAUGACUUUGUAGAUGGCUUAAUUUAAUAGUAAUACACGUGUUUUACGGA